AUGAAGGCGGAGGAGAAAUCAGGGUGGCAAGAUGGGGAGGGAAUGGUAAGCAUGGGUUGGGAGUGGUUGUUGGCGAUAGGGAAGGGUUGGGUUGUGGUGGUGGGGUGCUAUUCGGAGGAGAAAUCAGGGUGGCAAGAUGGGGAGGGAAUGGUAAGCAUGGGUUGGGGGUGGUUGUUGGCGAUGAGGAAGGGUUAG